AUGGGUCCAGCUGUAAACAACACAAGUACAGCACGGAGGAGCAAUACGCAUUCAUAUUUUGUUUUCUCAUAUUGUUAUAUUGAUAUCUAUCUAUCUAUCUAUCUAUCUAUCUAUCUAUCACUUUCCCUUCCUAUCUAUCUAUCAUUCACUUUCCCUUCCUAUCUAUCUAUCUAUCUAUCUAGCUAUCUAUCUAUCUCCUUCCUGCUUUCCUUACUUCUUUUCUUUCUUUCUUUCUUUCUUUCUUUCUUUUUCCUUCCUUUUUUCCUUCCUUCCUCCCUUCCUAUCUAUCUAUCUAUCAACAGGAAGAGGAAAAUUCUAUCCCUUUUCCCCCUAAUCAAAAUCUUCCUAUUUGUACAAUGUUGCUUCUCAUCCGACUUCUGUCCAGUAUCCUUCGUUUGCUUCCCUCUCGGCUUACUGGCGCCGCAUUCUUUUUUCCCCUUCGCGUUUUCCAUUCACCAAAUCUUAAUUUUAACAAUUGAUUUCAGCUACUCAAGUCAAAGUGCUGUUACAUCAUUACAUGCAACAAAGACAUUCUACAUCAAUGUGAAUGUAUUACUUACUAUCUAUCUAUCUAUCUAUCUAUCUAUCUAUGCCUCGUUAAAACUCUGUUCAGGAAGAAGCCCGUUUUCUUCGAUGACCUUUGCCAAUUCUUUAGGAAAAUCGGCUGCUUCUUAUUCGUCAGCUGAUGCACUUUCACCUUGUUUCUUCAUAAAGUGCUAA